CACAACCACGAUUCUACUAUGGACAACAACAUUGAAGAGCGCCUAGUGGAAGAGUUCCGGAGGUACGAGCACUUAUACAACCAGUCCACGAGCACCUACAAGGACGCACAGAUGACCGCGAACUCAAGGAGCGAGAUUUCGGCUGCCUUCGGUCUCGAUGUGCAAGAGUGCAUUCAGAGAUGGAGGAGGAUUCGGGACCGAUUUGUCCGGGUCAAGAACACCACAGAGGGCAGCAGUGACGAUGCAGAGGGGCAGAAGUACCCUGCUUUCUUUAUCUCUAGGUCGUGGUUGUUGCCACACAUAAAGCAUAGUGAGACCACGUCAAACUACGACAAUAAGCAGCCGGAGCCAUCCUGCCCCGAGUCAUCAGUCUCAGAAUCCGAGUCUUCCCCUGAGUCAUCCACUUCGGAAUCUGAGUCCUCUCCUCGUGUGCUGGCUGCCUACCCUCCAGCCUCCAUGCUCACGCCAUGUCGUCGUUCACAGAAGAGGAGAAGACGGAUGGAGCAAGACCGGAGUUACAUAACCGAAGUGUUCUCUAAGCUCGAGGAGAGCAGGCAACAAUUGUACAGGACCUUUGUGGCCGUGGCACCUCGUCCAUCUCCAGAAGACGAAUUCUCAUGCUGGGGACAGUACAUGGGUGUUAUGGCAAAGAAUCUGCCCAAAGACAAACAACAGGAAUUAAUGUUUCAGGUAUGGAAACUGAUGCAUUUUAACCAGCCCGAUGAGGGGCCUUGUGUUUCAAGUUACCAUAGUUAGUAUAGUAU